CUCGCAGACGGCUCGUACACAAAGAGGGACAUGUCGCUCCCGAUGUACCUCAGGGUAGCAAUACAGCUGUGCCAAGGAUUGACGGUACACCAUACUAUCGAAGAGCGCCGCUUCUUCCCCAUCCUUGCCAAGCGCAUGGAGGCGUUCCGAGACGACGAGGUCCACCUGAAGUCGCACCAAGCGAUCCACCACGCAGGCGUGGAGGCGCUCCGGAAGCUUGUUAGGAAGUGGCAAGACGAGCCAUCUACAUACGAUCCGAAGGCGAUGCGAGAUUGCCUCGACAGCUGGCGGGAAGUGCUGUUCAACCACCUGGACCAAGAGGUGAAGGACCUAUCCGGAGAGAAUAUGAAGAAGUACUGGACGUUGGAAGAAUUGGAGCAGUUACAGGUGUAG